UGUCUAUCCCAAUCACACCUCAAAUUUCCAUUAAUUAGUGUUUUCAACCUCAAUACCAGAGUUUCAAUCAUGGCUGUUUACAACCUCACGAUCAAACAUUUCCGAUUUCCACAACUUUUCAUCCUCUUUUCUCUAUUUAUGAUCACCAAUUUCUUCUCUGUACUAACCCCAUUUACAUUUACAAGUGCUUUAUCCUUCAACUUCCCUAGUUUUGAUUCUUCAGAACCUAAUAUAUCAUAUGAGCACGCUUAUGCUAAUGAAGACAAAUUCAUUCAACUCACCGGCAGCAAGCUAUUAACAUUUUAUCAUGGUCGAGCCACGUAUUUCAGACCCAUGCACCUGUGGGACAAGGACUCUAAAAACCUCACAGAUUUCGCUACCCAUUUUUCCUUUGUCAUUGAUUCGCUGAAUCAAUCGAGCCGUGCAGACGGGAUGGCCUUCUUCCUCGCACCUAACGGUUCCAAAUUUUCUUGGAUAACCAAUGGUAGCGAUCUGGGUCUCUAUAACCCAGAGCAAAACUCAGAUGAAAAUUCUUUUGUUGCAGUGGAAUUUGAUAUCUGCAGCAAUACUGAAUUUGAUCCGCCUGGGGAGCAUGUAGGUAUUGAUAUCAACUCCAUAAUAUCUGUUGCUAAUGUGUCAUGGUUGAGUAAUAUUACUAUUCUGGAAGGAAAAAGUAAUGAAGCUUGGAUUAGUUACAAUUCUAGUUCACAUAAUUUGAGUGUUGUCUUCACUGUUUUUAAAGACAAUGUUACUGUAAACCAGUCGCUUUCUUAUAUUGUUGAUUUGAGAAAGGUCCUACCCGAAUGGGUUACUUUUGGAUUCUCAGCCGCAACAGGAACUUAUUCUGCUAUGCAUACUAUUAAAUCUUGGGAUUUUUUUUCAAGUUUGGAAAUUGAUAAUAACAAUACCAACGCAGGACACAGUCUAAAACUCCCCCCUAAGAAAAGGAACCCAUCCAUGUUAGUUGUGGGGUUCAUUGCAGGGGGAUUUAUUUUGGUUGGUGGGUUGGCCAUGGUUCUGUUUGCCUUGUGGAAGAGGAAUCGGAGGGCUAAUGAAGAUGAUCGUGCCCUUGAUGAAGAGUUUAAACGGGAAACAGGACCGAGGAGGUUUACAUACGAUGAAUUGGCUCGUGCGACAAAUGAUUUCAACGAAAAAGAAAAACUAGGCCAAGGAGGAUUUGGUGGAGUUUACAGGGGAUUUUUAAGGGACUUCAACUCCAUUGUUGCUGUUAAAAGGGUAUCAGAAGGGUCUACACAAGGGAUAAGGGAGUAUGCAGCAGAAGUAAAAAUCAUCAGCCAAUUGAGACACAAGAAUUUGGUACAACUCAUUGGAUGGUGUCAUGAAAGAAGUAGAGGACAACUAUUACUUGUUUAUGAUUUCAUGCACAAUGGAAGCUUAGAUUCACAUCUUUUUAAAGAAGAUACCUUAUUAGUGUGGGAAGUGAGGUAUAGAAUUGUACAACACCUGGCCUUAGCCUUGCUUUACUUGCAUGAAGGAUGGGAUCGUUGCGUGUUGCAUAGAGAUAUAAAACCGAGCAAUAUUAUGCUUGAUUCAAAUUUCAAUGCCAAACUUGGGGAUUUUGGAUUAGCUAGGCUCGUGGACCAUGCUAGUGCAUCACGAACUACUGAUUUGGCAGGUACCAAGGGCUAUAUGGACCCAGGAUGUGUCACAACCCGAAGGGCUAGUAAGGAAUCAGAUAUCUAUAGUUUUGGAAUUGUUGCAUUGGAGUUAGCUUGUGGAAGAAAAUCUGUCAACCACGAGGCCCCAGAAGAUCAAGUAGUCAUGUUGGAGUGGGUUAGGGAGCUCCAUGGAAGAGAAGUACUUCUUAACGCGGCUGACCAAAGGUUGGGUGGGCAUUUUGAUGAGCAACAAAUGAAGUGUUUGUUGAUUGUAGGGCUUUGGUGUGCUCACUCCGAAUAUGAUCGUAGACCUUCAAUAAAAGAAGCAAUUCAAGUGCUCAAUUUUGAAGCUCCAUUGCCUCAUCUCCAAUUUGAUAUCCUCAAGUCAUCACAUCAUACUCCAACAAUGAAUGAUACUAAUUCUACCGGAUGACAACUCCAAUUCCUCAUAGUUUAAAGCACACUUUGUUGCUUAUUUACCUGCAUUGCUUUUGUUGUUAGAAGUUGAACUUGUUUUAAUUGAACUUUCAUUUAAAGUAAGAAUGUUAUAUAUAUGUUGAAUGAGUGUGGAAUAAAUGUAAGGAGUUUAUUUUGAAUUGUGUUAUUAAUGAAAUUGAAUUUAGAAUUA